CGAUCUCUGAGAGACAAUGCCGAUUCAUUGCAUAGCAGCACCAUUCUGACUUUUCCAAGUCAGUAACAUGAUAUCCUUCCUUUGUCUAACACUCCCUUUCACGCUGAAUCACGGUCUUACACCUUUGUUUAUGAAGCAGUGAUAACCUGUUUGCGUGUUUUGACGAUGACGAUGGGCAGCCACAGCAGUAACUCCUUGGUCUUUCAUAAGCACCAGUUUUCAUUCAGCAGACAGAACCACUUAUUUUCCUUAUCACUAAUCUCACAGUAUGGUCAGAAGAACCACUCGUGUCCGACGCGCUACCUCAAACUUAGAUACUGAGUCAUUCACCUCAUCACGAACAACCCCUCCCUCGAAUGAUAAGGAUGAGGAAUACCAGCCUGGCAUCAAUCCUAUAACAGUACCACCCACCACAGGCGCAGAUUCAUACUACUCUUAUGAUCCUUCUGAUACCACAACGCCAACUCUCAUAUCAUAUAGUGGCAUGUGUGACAACGUAUACUCCACUCUUCCUGGCCAACCGCGCGGGCUCUUGCCUGGUGACAUGGGCUCAUCUACUCAGCGCUUACCAUCAACCAUUUGCCCACCGCUUUUGCAGCCCACACUCCAGGAAUUUAUUUCGCUACCUAAAAAGAAUACUGACAGGAGACGUUCUGCUGUCGCAAAGGGCAAGGGGAAAGCUUUGAGAGAAGACAAAUUUUAUUCUGGCCAACGUCCAACUGAUCUCGGCCCGUUGGACGAUGAAGAUCUAUUUUAUCCAUCACCCGAUUUUUCUUCAACCGACGAAUGGAUUGCACAUACUCGGCCCAUCCUACAAGAUUAUGCCAACAGGCAAAUUCCUCUGCCACUCGGUCAGAGGGUCAGUGUAUCGCUCAACGAGCCUUCUCAAUUUAUCCAGGGGGCCCUGCAAUUGCUUGCCAAUCGUGACCACCCCAAAAAUCCUCCUAUUGAUCCAUCUCGCCAACUCGGUCCUCAGUUGAUCGAGAGCUUCACGGACGUGCACAGAUGGGCGACAGAGUACUUCCGCGCGCGUUUUGGGAUGUCAACUGUGGGAAGCGACAUACCUGUGCUUUUGACGAUCAUCACGAACACUAUCUAUGAAGCUCACACCCAACUUAUUGAUAGUAUUGCAGAUGCAGCAGUUGAAAACAUGCAUGGUCGUGGAGCGUCUAGUCUGGACAUUGAGGACUUUGCGUUCGGAUACGACUUCGAGAUGAGCCAACAAUUGCCUUUUGCUGUGGAAGCCAGCUCUCGUAUUCACGACACCCUUGAGCAACACCGGCCUCGGUCACCACUGAACCUUCCUGUGGACCUUCCUACGACGACAAGAUUCGGCAGACAAAUCAAAGUUCCCAAGCAAGCGCAAGCAGCGGCACUAGCUGAAAGUGAGAAACAGACCAAAGCUCGCCAGCGCAAGAAAGAACAGGCGAAGAAAGAGGAAGCGAAGAAAGAUCAGAAUUCGACAACUUCGAGCCACGAAACGUACAAGGCUGUCUCUGAAGUUACACAGAAGAAUUCAACAACUCCUAACCCUUCUGUAGCGGGUGUGAUGGUGUGCACACGCUCUGCCAGUAUCUAUCAUACGCCUAACAAUGGGAGUUUGUAUCAUACGCCUCUCCGUGGGAUUGAUAGGAUCUUGCGCAAGGUGGAAGCGAAUACAGUCGUGCUUACAGGCGUCAAGUGUCCCACAUGCGGCAGAGUGAUGCCUUCUCGCAUGCCUGUGACUCCCACUAAUACCCAUUCAGCAUCUCAGUCCACAGCUAGCUCAAAUAUCUCGAUUAAUUGGAAUUCGGAACAAACGAUCAGUGGUACUGCUGCUAGCUCGAGUCUGAAACUGGCGCCCGUUACCGUGCGGCAAUCCCCUUUGACCGCGCCCUGGUCCAUCGAACUCCCACCCUCCGCAUCCCACGCAUCAUCGAAACCCGACACUACCGGACAUGUGAAUACUACUGCAACGCUGUCGGAGGCAACGACUGGUACCCAGGACUUGGCGCAAGUACAAGCAGCCCCUGCUAGAGGUGGUCGUAUCUAUUUGCGUGCUAGGGGUGCGAAAGGGAAUAGAGGCGACGCACAAGGGCGUGGUCAGGGUCGAGAUGGGGAGACAUCGACUCCCAUCACUAUCGUUAUACCUGCCCGCCCACGCCCUGUUACCCCUGCAUCCACAGUAGCUCCACCUACGAGUGCGUCAACGGCAGCCAUAGCCCCCACUGAUGCUGUAGAGUGUGACCCUUCGCGCAGAUCUACCAGAGGUGCCGGUACUACGUCUACGCACUCGGCGAACCCAGUCCCAACUACCGUAGCGUCCUCAGAAGCACACGUCCCCACUAAAAGUGUGCGCCCUGGAUCUAUGAACACAACAGGCGGUGCUGCUCACGAGGUUGCGGUCGCUGCUUUUGCACAUGCAUACUACUCUCGAUGUAAUACGAAGCAGAACGUCGCUGCGGGAAGCAGUGCGGACGCCGCCGCUAAUAGCACUAAAAACACCCAUGCGUAUACCUCCGGUCCAUCUGGUGCAUUCACCUUUGGCUCUACCUCUACUGGGGCACACUACCCUCGUCACUAUCCUUCCAUCAAGGGCACUGCUGCAAACGCUGCUGCCGGUCCCUUGCGUGGCAAGGCGAUCGACUUUUCUGAUCCGAAACUCUGGAUAACGCACGCGCGUGCUGUAGGUGGCUUGCCUGGCUUGUCUGACUUUGCAGCACAGAUGUCGGACAGCGUCGCAACGAAUAGAAAUAGAGUUCACACUACGGUGGCGUCGAGUGUCAAUACUAGGGGGAACAAGAAGCGCAAACUGGGCAAUAGUGAAUAGAGAACAGAAGUUUUUUUUCCUCCAGAGCUGAAUCAUCGUCGAUUUGAAAUUGUCAGGGGAGCUUGCAGCCCUGAUUAUGAUGUUCGACACAUUGUCAUUGGAAAUUCUGGACAUACACGAUAUACUUAGAACUCAGUUAGCGAUGACCGAUCAUUAAAUUGUUCG